AACGUUAAGAAUAUUAAUUUGUGCACACGCACAAUGUUUACUUUUAUACUUGUGUAAAGCUAGCUCAAGCGCUAAAGUUUGUUAUAUGGGCCGUUUUAGAAAUAACAUGAAUAUAUUUGGUAGCUGAAAAUCUCCGUCAGCAGGAAACUUACCCACAGAGCUCCUCCGGACGGGCACAUGUUUCCAGCUGUAGAUGUGAGGAGCCCGGAGAAGCCGGAUGUCAGUGGUCUGCCAGCGCUCCACAUGGCCUGCCUUUAUGGCCAGCUGGCUACCGUUCAGCUCCUGCUAGAGUCCAGGCUGGAGUGGAUCAACAGCAGUGAUGGCCAGGGUCGCCGGCCGGUUCACAUGGUCCUGUCCUCCAUGAGCUCCCCCAACGCCUCCUCAUGCCUCAGAUACCUGCUGGAGCGUGGGGCCGACGUCAACGUUGCGACAGAUUCAGGGUCGACGCCGCUGCACCGGGCCGCCUCUGAAGGCCUCCUGGACUGCACAGAGAUCCUGGUGCAGGCCGGAGCAGAUGUGUCAGCCAAGGACAGCGCGGGACACACUCCGCUGGAUUUGGCACGCAUCUGGUGCCGCAGGGAGGUAGCAAGGUAUCUGAAAAGCUGCAUGUGGCAGAAGGAUAAGGGGAAAGAACUGCAGGAGAGGAGGCAGGUUCAAGCUUUGUACGGUGAUCUGGUGGAUAUGGUCAAGCUGGACAAGCUCUCUAAAAAGACACUUACAGAGGAAAAGAUCGCGGAGUGGGCGAACAACAAAGGUUUAGCUCUCCCGAAGGAUUUCUCCCCCAGAGCCUCGGUGAGCAGGUACCACACCCAGUGCCUCCUUUCAGAACAGAACAGUUCUAAUCCAAAACAAGCCAAGCACCCUUCGAAGCACCAGCCAGGAGGCCCUCAGGAGGACGGAGCCUCCACCAAACAACCUCCAGCCUCUUCCUCUAGGCCCUGGACCCUCUUCACGGGCCUCCAGCAAGAGAAGCCUCCGGCUGUGCCAGACCUCCGGGACAGCGUGUCAGUGUGGAGGGACAGCAGCAGCAGGCCGCCUCAGUACACCACCAAGUGGGACAGUACACCUCGUCCCGCCCCUGACCUGCCUCUGGACGUCCUCCAGAGGGUGUUAUUCCCGAGAGCCUUCCCCUCCAGGAUCGACUCCCAUCAGCAUUUUGAGCCACAGGACAUCCUGGAGGUCCAGCGCAGAGGAUACCCCCAAGGCCGGAGCUCCUCCCCCUGGACAGAGGUGGCCAUGCAUUUGGCUGAGGUGCUGGAACCGGGACAUUACUGAUCAACACAGAUCAACACCGAUCAACUUCAGCUAGACCCGAACCAGUAGAUGUGUUUAAGAAAUGCAUUAAAAUUAAUCUGAUAGUGAAGUAUUUUAUAGAUAUGUACAAGGCAGAAAGAUUUAACACGUCUUUCUAGUUUUUAUAUCAAAUAAAUUAGUGGGAAUUAACAUGUAAUAUUGUCAUUAGAGGAUUCUAGGAAAUCGCAUGUCUACACAGUAUCACAUCAAGAGCAAUAAAAAGCAGACUUUUCCUCACAAAG